CAUUUUUUUUUCUACAUAUAAAGCAUUGAGAUCGCUCGCUUCCACACGGUUACUUCUUGUGUACAAUUUCAGACAAGUCAUUUUGACUCUGCAUUGCUCGCUUCUCGAUGGAUUGGCAAGGACAAAAGCUGGUGGAGCAAUUAAUGCAGAUACUGCUGGUGAGCUUUGCUGUUGUAGCAUUCAUCACAGGCUAUGUGUUGGGUUCGUUUCAGAUCAUGCUGUUAGUAUACGCUGGUGGUGUUGUCUUUACAGCGCUAGUCACCAUUCCUAACUGGCCAGUCUACAAUCGCCACCCUCUGAGUUGGUUGGACCCAAGUGAGGCCGAAAAGCAUCCAAAGCCACAGAUUACUAACCCCAGUACCAAGAAGAGGGCUGCCAAGAAGUAGGUUAACUGAUUUUCACAUGUCCCUUCUACUUAAAGGUUCAUGGUGAUGUAGCGGAUAAAACUGUUGGCGGCUUUAUUUCCUUUGUCUUUUAUGACAUGAACUGAACACCUUGUUGCCCCGCAUGAUUGUUGUUACGUCAACACAUUGGCUAUUGAAAGAAUCAGUUUUUACAUUGC